GCAAGCCAUGUCUUUAACAAAUGGUUAAACGAACAUGGACAAAGUUAUACAUGUUUUUCGAGUGCUUUUGUGGUGAAUGCAGUAGAAUUUUAUAUUUUAUUUGUAAUAUGUGAAUAUCAGUUACAAAAGAAUACAGUUGAUGUUGCCAUUAAGAAACAAAUCAGAAAGGAAAAAUUAAAAUGUUGGGAGGUAAAUCAAGAAACAUUAAAAUGUCUGAAAUCUAGCUUAUAGUAACAAUUUUUUUUUUUUUUAGGCUGAAGCAACAGUUUAUGCAAGAUUUACUCUUGCACACAUCUUUGCAAAAAGAUUAGUUGCACUUACCAUAUUUUAGGUGGAGGCAUCAUGGAGUUUUAAGCAUAUAGCUUGAGAUGUCAUCUCAUGGUGGAGGUGGGGCUUCCCUUCCCCACUCUCACAGCAGUCCUAGUGGAAUGUAUCCAACUCCAUCGUCUCCAGAGGGUAGGAGUCUAGGCAAAAGGCUUCCAGUGCAAGUCCAUUUCCUUGAUGAUUCUGUUGCUUCUUUCAAUAUACAGUUCAAAGCACUUGGAAAAGUACUCUUUGACCAAGUUUGCAAGCUUUUAAAUUUGCUAGAAACCGAUUAUUUUGGUUUAGAAUAUGUGGAUUGCUCUGGAACAAAAUUUUGGCUGGAUUAUGAAAAACCAAUGUGCCGCCAGAUGGGUUUGUCAAUGAUAAAUCCAGUGAUGAAUUUUUGUGUGAAGUUUUAUACUCCUGACCCUGCCCAACUGGAAGAAGAAUAUACUAGGUAUCUAUUCAGUUUACAAAUCAAAAGGGAUUUAGCUCAAGGUGUUUUAAUAUGCAAUGAUAAUACUGCAGCUUUAAUGGCUUCUUAUAUUGUUCAAGCUGAAUGUGGUGAUUUUGUGUCUGAAGAUUAUCCUGAUCAUACUUAUGUCUCAUCAUUCAAGUUUGUUCCUCAUCAAGAUGCAGAAUUUCAACACAAAAUCAUGGAAAACCAUAAAAAGCAUAUUGGACAGUCACCAGCUGAAGCUGAUCUCAAUUUGUUGGAGACUGCCAGGCGAUGUGAGCUGUAUGGGAUAAAAAUGACUCCUGCGAAGGAUAGUGAAGGAGUUCCUUUGAAUCUUGCUGCUGCUCACAUGGGUGUCUUGGUCUUCCAAAACUAUACGAAGAUAAAUACCUUUUCUUGGGCUAAAAUUAGAAAAAUAAGUUUCAAACGACGGAAAUUUCUUAUUAAACUUCAUCCUGAAGGUUAUGGUUACUAUAAAGACACAGUAGAAUUUGUUUUUGAAAGUCGUAAUGAAUGUAAAAAUUUUUGGAAGAAAUGCAUCGAAAAUCAUGCCUUUUUCCGUUGCUCUGAGGUAAAACGGUUGCCUCGUCAGAAGACUCGAAUAUUUAGCCGAGGUUCAUCUUUCAGAUAUAGUGGUCGGACGCAAAAGCAGAUGGUAGAAUAUGUCAGGGAGAACUAUGUCAAGCGUCAACCAUUUCAAAGAUCUACAAGCCUGCGUGUCUCGAGUACGACUCGUAGAGGUCUAGGAAUGGUUGGCACAUCUCUCUCUGCCCAGCCAUUACUGCCAGUCAGUAGCAGUCAAUCAUGUGGUUCAGUUAUUUUAUCUCAUGACGUGGAAGUGCCCUCUGCCUUGGUGACCAGACCAACUUCUGCAUCUCAACCAUCUUCUCCUAGAGUUAAUCCAGAGUCUUCUAGAAUGAUAGCCAAUGGAAGCAUAUGUAUUGAUUCAAGGGGUUCCUAUUUGGAAAGAAGAGAUCUUCCUCCAGCUUUUGAAUCACCACCCCCCUACCAAUCUCCAGCUAAAGACCUGUCCAGUCCUGUGAGCCAGCCCAGAAGCGGAAGCAAUGUCCACAGUGAAACAACUUCUAUAUCUACCAGAGGCAUUUCUAGUGAUGAAGAAAUGAGUAGGUCCCCUACAUCACCCCUUCGUAGUCUUAGAGAACAAUGCAGUACAGCUCAUUCUCCACGGUCAGAAACAGACACAGAAGUUAGAAGAAAAAGAGUGCCUGCAGAUAAAGCUUAUUUUAUUGCCAAAGAACUGCUGAUGACAGAAAGAACGUAUAAGAAAGAUUUAGAGCUGAUCAAUGUGUGGUUUCGUGAUGAAGUUAGUAAAGAAGAAAAUAUGCCUACUGAUGCUUUAGCUGUAUUAUUUGCAGUUGUUGACCCUUUAUAUGAAUUUCAUUGUUCAUUGCUUAGAGAGUUAGAACACAGGCUAGCUACAUGGGAAGGUAGAACUGGAAUGCCUUUGCAAACUCAUGUCCAAGGCAUUGGCGAUAUCUUGCUGCGAAAAGUUCAGAUGACCGAGUUUUAUACAGGUUACAUUGAAAAGCUGCCUUUUAUACUUGAACGACUUAAUAGUGCAUAUUGUUCAAACACACAUUUUGAGAGAAUGUAUUGUGAUUUUGAAAUGCAAAGAGUCUGUUAUCUUCCUUUAACUUCAUUUUUACUUCGUCCAGCACAUCGACUCAUGCAUUAUGCAGGUUUGCUUGAAAGAUUGAUCAAGCAUUAUGGAGAAAGUCACCUUGAUGCCAAAAACUGCAAAACGGUUUUGUACAAAUUGAAGCAAGUUACCUCUAUGCUGUUAAAGAAUGUUAACUAUGCU